CAAGACUACCUGAUGCUGUGCGCCGUGAACGAGGCGGAGGAGAUGGUGGACGGCGGCAAGAAGGACGCGAUCGACGACCUGAAGGAAGGGGAGCUGGAGGCGUUCGUCAGCACCCUGGGGCUCAGCAAGUAUGCGAAAAGUUGUCUGGUGGUGGAGGACGGGGAGGAGGACGGUGUCGGCGGCAGCGAGGAGAAAGAGAAGCCCCCAAAGAAAGAGAAAAGCAAGAAAGAAACUAACCCUCCUUUGCUAGAAGGGAAGAAAGAAAAAAAAGCCAAGGAAAAGGCAAGCGGCAUGAAAGACAGCAAAAAGAAGCAAGCUUGUGGGGAUCAGGGCCAGCACCUUUCAGCAAAGAAAGAGAGGCUGGAAGAAGAUUUUGAAUUUCAUGCUAGGCAAGUGAUACUGAUCAAACCAGGGGGUAAGUGGUAUGAUCUGGAAUACACCAGUGAAUUCUCUUCAGAGCCACAAAAUCAGACACUUCUGUCCAAGUAUAAGGCCUUGGCCCAAAAGUUGUACCAUCAUGAGACAGAUCUGUAUAAGAAUAAGACAGAUUAUCAGAAGGGGGCCUCUUCGGCGUGGAUGAAAACUGUUGUAUCGUCAGGUACCUUGGCUGACCGGAUGGCAGCGAUGACCCUUCUCAUUCAGGACAGCGCUGUCCACAGUCUCCAGUUUGUUGAGAACUUGGUAAACCUCAUAAAGAAAAAGGGCAGCAAGCAUCAGAGCUUUAUGGCUUUGGAUACAUUCAAGGAGCUUCUCAUUUCGGAGCUCUUGCCAGACAAUCGAAAAUUAUGGUCUUUCUCGCAGCGACCAUUUAACAACAUAGAGAAGAUGUCAAGUGGCAACAGGGAUUCAAGAGACAGGCGGUUGAUACUGUGGUACUUUGAGCAUCACCUGAAACUGCAGGUGACAGAGUUUGUGCAGGCGUUGGAAACACUGAGUCAUGAUUCUCUGACGGCAGCGAAAUCCCGAGCGCUGGCAGUUGCCCAUGAGCUUCUCUGUAACAAGCCUGAGCAGGAGAAAGUUCUGCUUGUUCAGCUGGUAAAUAAACUGGGAGACCCUCAGAACAAAAUUGCCACCAAAGCCUCUUAUCUUUUAGAGACGUUACUUCACAAGCAUCCAAAUAUGAAGGGAGUAGUGUGCAGUGAGGUGGAGAGGCUUUUGUACCGGUCAAACAUUAAUGUGAAAACUCAAUAUUAUGCCAUUUGCUUUCUAAAUCAGAUAGUCCUCAGUCAUGAAGAAAGUGCAUUGGCUAACAAACUGAUAACUUUGUACUUUUGCUUUUUUCGGAACUGCAUUAAGAAAAAAGAUGUUGAAACCAAAAUGCUCAGUGCUCUUCUUUGCGGGGUAAACAGAGCUUACCCUUAUGCUGAGACUGGUGAUGAGAAAGUGAAGGAGCAAAUGGACACGUUGUUUAAAGUUCUGCAUCUUGUGAACUUCAGUACCAGUGUCCAGGCCCUGAUGUUACUUUUUCAAGUGAUGGACUCUCAGCAGACUGUGUCGGAUAGGUACUACACAGCACUAUACAAAAAGCUUCUAGAUCCUGCUUUAGCAACCUGCUCAAAGCCAUCCAUGUUUCUUAAUCUUGUCUAUAAAUCUCUGAAGGCAGAUGUAGUGUUACGGCGUGUGAAGGCUUUUGUGAAGAGGUUACUUCAAGUCACUUGUGGACAAAUGCCACCCUUCAUUUGUGGAACCCUGUACCUUCUGUCUGAACUUCUGAAAGUAAAACCAGAGUUAAGGGUCCAGUUACAGGAUCAUGUGGAGUCAGAUGAUGAAGAAUGCUUUAAAGAUCAAGAAGAGGCUGAAGGGGAUGAGGAAAAAUUUGUGGAUGCAGACAAAGAAGUAGAAGGUGAAGAGAGGAGCAUAAUGGAAAAUUCUACUAAAACAAACAAUUCGAAUUCAACAGCCUCAUGGGUGCAUCAUCUGAAUAUGGGAGGCAGGAAGAGUGGAGCUUCAUACGAUCCUAUGCACCGAAGUCCUUUAUACUGUGGUGCUGAAGGUACAAGCCUUUGGGAACUGAAGAAGCUUUCUGAACAUUUUCAUCCAUCUGUGGCCCUAUUCGCAAAGACAAUUCUAGAAGGAAAUAACAUUCAGUAUUCUGGUGACCCUUUGCAGGAUUUCACAUUAAUGAGAUUCUUGGACCGCUUUGUGUACAGAAAUCCCAAACUCCCUAAAGGCAAAGAAAACACCAGCAGUGUGGUGAUGCAGCCGAAGAAGAAGCAGUUUAUGAAAGAUAUGCAGAAUCUUGCAGUCAACAGUAAGGAAUUCCGUGCCAAAGAUGAAAGCAAAAUCCCAGUGGAUGAAGUGUUUUUUCACAGAUUUUAUUCAAAGUUCGACAAGAAGAGAGAAAAACAAAAGCGUCAGGAUGAUGAAGAAAGUGUGGAAGAUGUAGAUGACGAUGAAUUUGAAAGAGCAUUGGACACAUUUGAAGCUGCUGAUAAUGCCAUUGAUUUUGGCCAGGAUGACCUUGAUUUUGCUGGCAAUAUAAAAAGGAAAACCAAAGGUGGUAAGAAAGGCGAAAGAAGUGAGGAAACCAGUGCUGACUGGGAGGAUUCUGAUGAUGAAGAUGAAUUCAGUGAUCUGGAUGAUGAGGAAGUCUCCUUAGGAAGUAUGGAGGAAGACUUUGGAGAUGAUAUGGAUGAAGAGGGAGGUGUAUUUAUGGAUGUGUCUGAUGACGGUAAGAGCCUAGACCCAAACAAUGACAAGCCAUUGAAGUCUGUCAGUAAAAAGGACAAGAGAAAGCUAGGCAUGAAUUUUGUUGGAUCACUUGAAGGAUCCAACCGAGGAAAGAAGAGGAAACUCAAAGAUGCCAGUAUACUGGCAUCUGCAGAAGAGUUUGGUUAUCUGCUGGAUGAAAAUGCUGGGUCUAAGUUUGACAAUAUCGGAAUGAAUGCCAUGGCCAACAGAGAUAACGCAAAUGUCAAACAGAUCCAGUGGGAAAUAGAGCGUGACAAAUGGCUUCACAAUAGGGAUGUGAAAAGCAUCAUCAAAAAGAAGAAACAGUUCAGGCACAGAGGGCUGAAAAACAAGUACAAAGGCAAGAAAUCAAAAAGAUGA